AAAUGUUUUCGAUUUUUCGAUUUCCCGCAACUUCAAGUCUGGAGUCGGAGAAGAAGGAAGCUGUUAAAAUUUUUGACGUAUUUGUUUGACUAUAUCAAUCACGCAAUUGCUUCCGCUUUCUUUAUACACCGAUAUAUUUGAAAUUUUCUGUAAUAAAUCAGCACACAAUGUCAGAAGCAAGUAUGAGCGAUACUAAUCCCGAUAUUGGAGAGGAGACUGAUCCGGUAACCUUAACUUUGAACGAUGUUUUGGAGUUUGAGAAUGAAUUGAUUGAAAAUACAGCUGCAGUUUUGGGAGCUGCAAAUGAUAAAACUUGUUCGUACGUCGAGGGGUACAUUAAAAGACAAGCCUUGUAUUCAUGCCUUACCUGUCUUCCUGAGGCCAAAACGGACCCAGAAAAAGGGGUCGGAGUAUGUUUGGCUUGUAGUUACCAUUGUCACGAUGGCCACGAGUUGGUCGAACUGUACACCAAGAGAAAUUUCCGCUGUGACUGUGGAAAUUCCAAAUUCACAAACAUGGAUUGUUCUCUCUACAAUGAGAAAACCGAUACUAAUGAUCUGAAUGUGUAUAAUCAAAAUUUUUCUGGGCUUUAUUGUGUUUGUCAUCGCCCAUUUCCAGAUCCUGAGGAUCCUGUUCCAGAUGAGAUGAUUCAGUGCAUCAUAUGUGAAGACUGGUAUCAUACUAGGCAUCUGGGUACAGAAGUACCAUCUAAUAACUUUGCUGAAAUGAUCUGUGAAGCUUGUGUUACGAAACAUGAGUUUUUACUUCACUAUGAUGCUUUUUGUUUGAAUAAAGUUCUAAGGACUUCAGAACACGAGCAAGUUGAA